CAAAUUGACAAAGUUAUGAUUUACUUUCAAGUUGUCGUUGCAUUCGGUGUCGGCCGGAAUAUUCGCACUGAAAUUUCUGUUUAGUUAAAACCUUGAGUAAUUUUAAUGAAAAAAUUUUAAAUCAGGCUCAAAUUAAGAAAGUGAUAUUAAAAAUUCGAAGGGCUUGGACCAUGGGACCAGUUAAUCCUGGCCUACUUAAGGCAGUCUUAAUUUGUAUUUUGGUCAUCAGUGCUGCAAGAGCAGCAGAUACUUGCAAAAGAGGAUGUCCCCGAUCUGAUGGUGAAAACAUGAAAUUUAAACCAGGCCAUCUUUACGAAUACAAUUUCGAUUCGGUAUUGACCGUUGCCCUUGGAACAGACUCAUCUACAGGAGCUGAAGAUACAAGCUUAAAAGUGAUUGGUACAGCUAAGGUUUUCGCUGAAGGCAAUUGUGGAUACACAUUGCAACUUAACGCAGUCAAAGUUUCUACUACCAAGGAAGCCAUUGAUAAGAAGAUUGUACAGAGCAUUCAGAAGCCUGUGCAUUUUACAAUGGUGAAUGGCAAAGUGGAGCCACAAUUGUGCACAGAUCCCAAUGAUAACCAAUAUGCCUUAAAUAUCAAACGCGCCGUUAUAUCUUUGCUUCAGUCUAACCCAGAGGAUGGUGCUGAAGUCGAUGUGUUUGGUCAGUGUGUGACCCAUACAUCGAUUUCUAAUAGUGCGGGGGCACAGAUUGUAACUAAAGUACGUGAUUUAAAUUCUUGCAACUACCGGGAGAAUACUCGCAGUAGCCUAUUGCAUGGGGUAGUCAACCAGGCUGCCGGUAUAAAAUCUACCCACCUUUUUAAGGCUGGCUAUGUAAAGGAAUCUAAAUUAUUGAAUGGUAUUGUUGAAAGUGUUCAUUUGGUCGAAGAUUACAACUUCGGUGUUGCCGAGAAAGAUGUGAAUAGCAUUAGAGGAAAAGUAAUAACAAAUUUUAAAAUAAAAAAUUCAGCGGGCAUACCAGCUGUCGCCCCACAAACCGGCAACCAUGGCGUCUCGGUUAUUUUCCAAAAACCGGAAGUAUAUGCUACCAAAAAUUUGCCAACUUUGAAAACAGCGUUAACGCAAUUAGUAAAUUUACUCGAUUCAUAUGUAAAGAAGGAUAGUGCCAAAGGCUUUACUGAACUUAUACGCCUGAUGCGUAAUGCCGAUACAGAUACUUUGCUUGAAUUGGCUACAGUUCCCCACCCAAAUGCAGUUUUGAUCCGUAAAGUCUAUCUAGAUGCCUUAUUCCGCACUGGUACCUCUGAAUCGGCUAAGGCCAUAUUCAAGCAAUUUAACAAAAUGGAUGAGCAAGAAAAGCUGAUUGCCAUCAUUUCAUUGAAUAUUGUUCAAACUGUAGACAAAGAGACUUUAAGUCAAGCAAUUACUUUGCUUACACCAAAUGCAUCAAAACAUGUAUAUUUGUCGAUUGGUACGCUGGUUUCAAAAUAUUGUCAAUCCAAUGGAUGCGAGCAAGCAGACUUAGAUGUUAUUACAAAGAAGUUUGUUGAUAAUCUAAAACACUGCAAAGCUAACACAAGGAAAGAUGAAGAUCGUAUUGUCAAUGUAUUGAAAGGAGUCGCAAAUAUGAAGCACACAGCUAACAAUGCUGUUUCUGCCUUGACCGAGUGUUCUUCACCUGGACGCUCAAAUAGAAUUCGCGUAGCAGCACUACAGGCUUUCCCCUCAGCCAAAUGUGAUGCUGUACUUACACAAAAAGCUUUAGCUUUACUCCGUGAUCGUAACGAAGAUUCCGAGUUGAGAAUUGAAUCGUAUUUAGCGGCUAUUGCUUGUCCGAACGCAAAUGUGGCCACUGAAAUCGCAGAUAUUGUAAACUCAGAGGAAGUUAAUCAAGUUGGUGGCUUUAUUGCAUCCAGUCUUAGUGCAAUACGCGAUUCAACCGACGAACACCGUGCCAAUCAGCGCUAUCAUUUGGGUAACAUUCGUAUUACAAAGCACUUUGCAAAGGAUCUAAGGCGAUACAGCUUCAAUGAUGAAUUAUCUUAUAGAGUUGAUGCCCUUGGCCUUAGUGCAAGUUCAGACUACAAACUAAUAUACUCUCAACAUGGAUUCCUACCACGGUCGGCUACAUUAAAUGUUAGUACGGAAAUUUUCGGAACUAACUUCAAUGUUUUCGAAGUUAGCGCCAGACAAGAAAAUCUAGAAAACAUUCUGGAAUAUUAUGUUGGACCCAAAGGUUUGCUUAAUAAGGAUUUCGAUGAAAUAAUGAAAAUGGUAGAAGAAGUUGGCUCUUCUGAUGGUCGAGCUCGUCGCUCCAUUGCUGAUGACACAACGAAAUUCUCAAAGAAAUACAAAACAUAUGGCAGUAAAAACAUUCAGGAUAUAAAUCUUGACUUAUCUCUGAAAUUCUUCGGCUCUGAAAUGUUUUUCCUUAGUUUAGGCGACCAUAUACCAACCACAUUAGAUGAGAUUAUCAAAAGUUUUUCUUCGGCAUGUGAUAAAUUGAAAAAGGAGCUAUUAUCGUAUAACAAAGAUUUUACUUUACAUGAUCUAUUUUUGGAUGUUAACGCUAUUUAUCCCACUGGUCUCGGUAUUCCGCUAGAGCUGAACACCCAAGGUUUCGCAGCAAAUAAAUUAGAAUUCGGAAUUAGUUUGGACAUUGAUAGCAUCAUUGAACAAAAUUAUCUAACCACUAAAUAUCAAGUUAAACUUGUACCAAGCGUUGAUGUAAGUUUGAAACUACAACUUGGCUUUAACGCGUAUGUCUUAGCAACAGGCGUACAGGUUGAAUCGAGUCUUCAUUCGGCCUCCGGUGCUGACGUUAAAUUCGAUUUGAUAAAUGACGGAAAUGGCUUUAAUAUAGACAUACAGUUGCCACGAAACAAGUUGGAAUUACUAAAUGUAGAGGUUAAUCCCGGAUUCUAUAUAACUGAACUUGAUAAGCCAACAAAGGCCAUUGCUUCAAAUAAUAGCAACAAACCGAAUUCUGAAAACUAUCAAAUGUGUUUCAACCAAUUAGAUGUUAUUGGACUUAAUUUAUGUGUCAAUAUGGAUGGAGUUUCAAUAGGCAAAGAAGAUUCAUCUAAAUCCGCUGAUAUUUACAGCUUCAUACAUCCAGUUAGUGUAAGCGUUUACACAGAAGUUGAAAAGAAUUACAAUAUUCGUGGUUCAUAUAUACUACAAACAAAUAGUGGAAGUCAAGAAUGGAAAUUAGAGUUAAAUACUCCAGGAUCGCGGGAACCGCAUACAGCUAGCGCUACCUUUGAGGUCGGAACAAAUCUUCGUACUUAUGCUAGAUUAGCAUUUGAUACUCCUCUACAUCACUUCGCUAUUGAAUCAGGCUUUAAUAAUGAUAAUCAGGAAUUAGUAUUUUAUGCUCAAUAUGAAGAUAAUGACAAAGUUAACCGAAACAGAAUUGGAUUCCUUCGUAAUGGUAAUGAAUAUCGCCCCGUUAUUGAGAUACAGGAUAAAAAUGGUGUUUCUAAUGAAAUUUACGGUUAUCGCAUGGACGGCAAAGUUGUUUUACAGAAAACCGGUGAUAAACAAGACAAAUAUAUUUUCGACAAUUUGCAAGUAUCAAAUAAACAAAAUGAACGUGUUGUUUUGAAUGGAUGGAGUGAAGUGGGAAAAUCGUGGUUAAACAACGAGUUACGAGUAGGUGUUGGAAAGGAGUCUUAUUUGGUCAAAAGUAAUUUUAAAGUGGAUAAAGGCGUAUAUGAUAUUGGAUUCUUUACAAACGAUGAACGAUCACCGCUCAAUGUCUAUGGCGGCUCCGCACACGUUGAAUUAGGCGAACAAGUUUUCGUUGUACAGUUGGUUGGUGCAGCUGCUUCGUGGAAAUUAGAUUUCAAUAAUGAAGUACAGUACACCAUUUCUGAAGGUUCCAAUUCUCUUACAUCCAGCAGCUUUAAACAUGACGUAACUCUAAAAAAUAAAAAUAACAUUGUUGGUCAAUUUAAACUGAAUGGACAAACCUCAGGUGACAACAAAUUUGAAGUUGAUGCCGAAUUAGUACGUGGCAAGAGAGUUGCUUCCGUUUCCGUAAAAUAUAAUGGCAAUCGACAUACACAAGGGGAUUAUAUCGUUGAGGUUCACGGAAAAUAUAAUAAGCAUUUUGCUGAUAUCAUUGCCAAAUGCGAUUUCAACGGUAAUCGUUUUAUUAUUGAUAACUCGCUCGCAACCAGUUGGGGUACAUCGGUCACCGUUAAAGGUGAACUAGGCCAACGUUACACAGCUCAGGAUAUAUAUAUAGAUAUUCAUGGUGCAGCGCAAUUCCACAAGAAGGACAAACAGAUUCAAUGGAUUCUCAAAGUUAUCGGCGCACCUGACAAGACCAAUAGUGAGCUGAAAAUUUCACGAGAAAAUGCAGAAAUUUUGAAAUAUAGUGGAGAACUGCAGCAUCCACAGGAUAAAAUAUCAGGAGGCAAAAUCAAUUUAUCAGCCAAAAAUGUAGCGACUUUAAGAGGCGACUUUAAAAUAGCCAAAAAUGGUAAAGGUGAAGCUAAUGUAGCAGUCGAGACACAGAAAACUGAACAAAAGCACAAAGUUGAUAUAAACUCAAAAUUCCAUGUGCAGGCCCCCAAAUAUGAAGUAGAAACCACCAUAACCUUCGACGGCGACAAGAAAAUCUUUUUCAAAACGGAAAGUCAUUUAGAUAAAUCAAAAUUGGUAACCAAGAAUUUAGCAGAAAUUUCAAAUAAAAAAGUUUCAUUCGAUGCUAAUGUUGGUGUGAAAGGAGACUGGCGUGCCAAUGGCGAAUUACAAGGAAACUUCGUUCUUUCUAUCCCCACCGGCCAUGUCGUAGACGGUAAUAUAAAACGCAAAAUUUCUACAAAUAGUAAAACAGGCAACAUACAAGGCAAUCUUGAUGUGCAACUUGGUGAAACGUACAACGGAAAGAAACGUUCUUUGUCUUACUCAACACAUGCCGACAAAUUUAACUUAAAAACAAAAGAGAUCUCGCAAAAUCAUCAAGUAACGUUCAUCGAUGUUGAUAACAAAAAAUUAGAAGUAUCUGCUGAUAUUAAACAUUUACCAAAAGAUCAAAACAAAUUUAUCGACAUUAAAUCCAACGUACGUGGUGAUCUUCUAAAUAUUCCUAUCGAUGCGAACUUCGUAGUUGAUGAAUAUGACAACAAACACGCUGUUUUCCGAAUUGAUAUAAAAUGUGGAGGAGCAUAUAAUUACAAUGCUAAUGGUAGAUACAAUUUGAGUGGUAACGACAGUCCCGCUACUUUUGAAGUUCAAGGCAAUAUCCACUUGCCUAAGGGCAACCUCCAAUCAAUUCAAUUUAGUUCAAAUGGUAAACUGGUCAGGCCUUCUACCAACAGCGGCACGUAUUUGAUUGAACUGCAUGUAGACGAACGUGCUGGAGAUAGUCAAUUCUUAGUUUUGAACACCAUUUGGAAAGGUUCUCAACAACAAGGAGCUUAUACAUUUGAUUUGGAAACUAAGGAAAUGCAUGGACCAUUAAAAUUGGAGGGUACUUAUCAACAUGAACAACAGGGAAACCUCAAAGACGGUCCUACUAGCGGAAAAGAGCGAUAUUCAUUUAACUUUAACUAUGACAAUAACUACGUUAAAACUGCCGCUGAUAUCACUUACGUGGGUGUUGACACAGCCGUAGCGCAUUACACAUUGGAUAGCAGUUUCGAAUCAGCCAAAAAUAUUGAUGUGGAAGUACGUCUUCUAAAACUUGAUAUUGAUGGAUAUGAGCUUAAGUGCCAGGCAAAAAGUGGUAAUAAUGUAUAUGCAUCUGUUUCCAAAAUCUAUCAGUCACAAUAUAAAAAAGGACUCGAUAUACACGUAUCAACACCAAGUGGUAGUUCAAUAGUUAUUGUUGGUAUAUUUGAAAUCUUGGGUGAACACAAAACGAAAAUUACAGCAGAUGUUCAAAACGUCAUUGGUUUAGAUUUUACAGCUAAUGUAGAGUCAUCACAUCAUGCCAUCGAUGAUUUCUUUGUUAAAGCCAAUUGGAACUCAGCAAAAUUGAACCUUGAUAAUUAUGAUCUAAAUGUGCGAUCGCAAGACAAGUCUCUAAUUAUCAACCUGAAAAAUGCUAAAGGUGUAAUUAUUGCUGGCAGUGCGACAUACACUCAAAAGAAGGAAAAGAGCAAAAGCUUAAUCGAAUGCCAAGGACAAUUGCAAUAUAAUGGUAAAACACAAAAGGCAAAUUUCCGCCUUAUACAUCAAAUAUAUGACAUCAAUGUUGACAAGGAGGUCGGCUUUUCAUAUGCACUAGAUGGCACCUUUGGACCAAAGAAGGGCGUGUCCACAUUAAAAAUAACGAACAAAGGAGUUGAUGCUAAAUUAUCAAUUUGCGAAGAUAAAAAACAAUGUACAAAUGUGCAAUUGCAGUCGAUUUUAUCCCAAAAUGGGCAAGAAAUCGAUUCAUCGCAAAAUUCAUUAUUAAUUGUUAUUGAUUUACGUGAACUUGGCUAUCCUUACGAAUUUGAAUUUCAAUCAAAGACUAUUCGUCAAGGCCUGUCGCUGCAAUACAGUUUAGAAUCCCAGAUAGUUUCAAAUAAUAACUUGAAAUACAAGUUAGUUGCCGAUAUUCAACCAACAAAUUCAAACAUUCUGUUAAAAUUACCUCAUCGAGAACUCUUACUAGAGGUGAAACAGCAAUUCCCUGGGCAAGGAAAAUAUUUUGGACAUUAUGAGAACUCUAUCGCCUUCUACUUUGACAAAACGAACAAGCCAAAAGACGUCACACGUAUUAAGGCUGUUGCAGAUAUAACAGGUAACGAGCUUACGGCUAUAAAUGUGAACAGCGAAAUCAAAUUUGAACAUCCAACUAUUCGCCCAUUGACAAUCUAUGGUAAAUUUGACGCUAAUCGCCAACAAAAGAAAGUAAAUAGUGAAAUCAUUUUCGAUAUAUUCCGCUUGCCCGAACAGAAGAUUAUUGGUUCCCUGCGCACGGAAAACUUGCAUCAAGGAAACGGUUUUAAUAUUACAACAUACGAAUCGCUAUAUUCCAAAGGUUUAGGAUUUAAUUAUGAAUUCAGCGGCCAUACCGCACUUAACGUGGACUCGCAAAUAUUCAGUGCAGGAGCAACUGUGCACAGUGGUGCCACAGAUUUAGGCGCCUCAGCAAACAUCUACGCGACAAAAGACCAUUCUGAUUUGUCAGUUUAUGUGCUAAACGAACCCAUCUUACAGGUCGCAGCCAACUUCAAUCACCAGAAAUACGCUGUUAAUGUUAACAGCAAAUUGCAACUUUUCAGUCAAGAUCCGAUAGAGAUUAUAACCGAUUUGCAACCAACACAACUGAAACUCAUUGCUAAACGCAAAGGUCUUGUUGAUCUCAACGCCGAUGUGAAACUGGGCAAAGAACUUAAGCUCAAUAUACAAGGCACGGGCAAACAAUUAUUCAACGGCCGUAUCGCGCUGGAUGCACCGCACUUUUUGCAGACUUCUUAUUCCAGUAACAGCGAAGACAUUAAAUCAUUUUUGAAUGCUGUCGAAUCUGAGACCAAAAAAGAUACUGAGACAACAGUUCAGAAAAUCAAGAACAAAUUUAAAUAUAUACGCGAAACUCUCGACCAACAAGCAAAAUUGUUGAAGGAUAGUGCACCCGACCUUUCCCGAUUGAAGAACAACUAUGAAGCAAAUAUCAACGAAAUCGGCCAUGAAUUAGAGAACGAUCCUGCUUUGAAAGAAAUCAGUGAAAACUAUCAAAAAAUUUACGCUAAAUUUACCAAAAUUGCGGGCGAUUUGUCGAAGAACGCUGCCAAAUCCUAUGAGAACUUAUAUAAGUCUGUUGCAGAAUUGUAUGAAAAAUUGGAAUCAUCAUUAAAGGAAAUGGUGUUGCCAGCAUGGGAAGACCUGUUGGUUACCGCCUCCAAUGUUCUUGGAGACUUGCGCGUACAAGUGGUAAAUUUGGUAACUGAAUUGGUCCAAGAAAUUUGGGUUGCUUUAGAACAAUAUGGACCUGCUCUGAAAAAUUAUGGUAAAGCCGUUAACGACGCAUUGAAGCCAUUAAGCGAAGCUGUCGAAGAACUCGUGAAAGCAGCAACCGAUGCAGUAGAAGACAUCUUUGAGGAACUCAGGGAAUAUUUAACAAAACUACCUACCAUUGAUGACCUGUAUAGUGAAUUUAAGGAGCAAGUGAUCAAACUGCGUCUUGUAGAGAACACUUUACAAUUCUUGAACGAAAUCUUUGAUCAACUCCAUAUUUUGCCAAUGACGCCUGAAUCUGUAGAAUUCCUAGAAAAAAUGCGGGAAUACACAGAAUCUAAACUCACUAACAAGCCAGUAAGUGAUGAGCAAGUAUUACAGGAACUAAUAAAUCUAUUUGUGAGAGCUGUACGUUCCAUUUGGACUAAUUUGGAUGUAAACUCGCCUGUAGGAUCAACCGACAUUUCAGAAAAUAUACUUACUUCUCUACUGGGUAUCACAUCAGAUUCCUUUGAUAUUCUUGAUAAACUGCCAACUGUAUUAACAUUCCGAUUCAGCGUUUUAAAUUACCUAUUGAAUGAAAACUGGGAAAAUGUUUUAAGCGAAAAAUACCUUAAGUCAUGGCCUUUCUUCCAAGAUUUCAAUCUACAUGGUCACAUUGCUGAUGGUCACCAAAUCUUCACAUUCGAUGGUCAACAUUACACUUUUCCUGGAAGCUGCAAGUAUAUAUUGGCCCAAGACAGUGUUGACAAUAAUUUCACUGUGGUCGCUCACCUUAACAAUGGCAAGCUUAAAUCUAUUACAUUAACUGAUCGGGACGGUGAUUUCGCUGAAAUUUCAGACUCUGGUGCUUUAAAAAUUAAUGCCAAAGAUGCUGAAUUCCCUCAGCAUUUCAACGGCAUUCAUGUUUGGCGUUUGUUCUACACUGUCUGGUUGCACUCGGAAUAUGGUGUGGAAAUUAUGUGUACUCAGGAUUUGAAGAUCUGCAAUGUGAAAGUAGAUGGUUUUUACACAAGCAAAACACGCGGUCUUCUUGGCAAUGGUAAUGCGGAGCCAUACGAUGACUUCAUUCAAGUAGAUGGCACUAUAUCUCAAGACUAUGCUACGCUCGGCAAUGCAUACGGUUUAGGAAAGUGCGCACCGGUAACUGCUAAACCAACGGAUGCAAUUCCUCGUUCAGAAAUUUGCACCGACCUAUUUAGUCUAGAGUCGCCAUUAACAACAGGCUAUAUCUUUGAAAAUCCCGCACCAUAUCGCGCAAGAUGUGAUGCCGCAGUCGCUGAAGCCGCCGAAAAAGAAAAAGAAGCCGCAGCAUGUAUAAUAGCUACCGUUUAUGGAUCUGCGCUGAAAUUCAAAGAGAUUCCAACACAGUUACCAUCUCGUUGCUUGAAGUGUGUUGGCCCUGCCGGACAACGUGAAUUAGGCCAGAAGUUCGCUGUUAAAAUACCAAAUAAUAAAGCUGAUAUUGUUUUCGUCGUCGAUUUAGACAUUAGUUCGACUGUGCUUAGCAAUUUGGUUGCGCCAGCUAUAUUGGAAGUACGUGAAUCGCUAAAAACACGUGGCUUCACUGAUGUGCAAAUCGGAUUGAUUGCUUACAAUGAAUCGCAACUUUAUCCAGCUGUUUUAACUAGUGACGGUGGAAAACUUAAUUAUCAAGGCAACUUAGGCGAUGUGCAACUUAAUGGUCCAAAGAAUAUUUGCAUACACUGCGUCACACAAGAGGUGGCAGAUCCAAAGGUUGUCGAAAUAUUUAAGAGCAUUGAAUCAGUCCUCAAGAGUAUCAUACCACAAUCAGACGAAAAGGCAUUCAGAUUAGCUCUCAAUUAUCCAUUCCGCGCUGGAGCUGCAAAGAGCAUUGUUGGAGUCCGUAGUGAUACUUUGGAGUUCGUAAACUUGUUCAAAUUGGUACGUGCUCACUUAACCGAUGCAGAAACAAGCUUUAAUGGGGCUCUACUGCACCUGAUUGGGCCUGUUAAUGAUCUGUCUGUGGAAGGCAUUCCUAAGGAGAAAUUAGUCGGAUUUAACUCUCGUUUGAUUGCUACAUUAGACGGUAAAGAUGCCAAAAAGCGUCAAAAAUUACAAUUCGGAAAUGAUAUUGGCAUCGAUUUUGUACUCAACAAUGGUGGCUGGGUUUUCGCAACACAAAACUUCGAUCAGCUGAAACCGAAUGAACAGAAAAAGGCUCUCAACCAAGUGGUAAACACGUUAGCCGAUACACUUUUCAGGACCGAAAUAGUUAGCGAGUGUGAAUGUGAAGUGGCACAUGGUUUGCAUGCCCAGCACCGAUGUGUAAUUAAAUCGUCAAAUUUCUUGCCAAACAAAAAGGUCAAAGCGAAAUAGAUUGAUAAUUAAUUAUUUCAUCUUAAUUUGAAAUCUAUAAACGAAGAACGAUACAAUAAAUAGUACUGCUUUUGUUACAAUAAAAAAUAAUAAUAUACCAAAA